AUGGGGAAAGGCGGCACGCUAAGCGACAGCGUGAUUAAGAAGAUCGUCCUCUCCUACAGCUACGUCGCGAUAUGGAUCUUCCUCAGCUUCACAGUAAUCGUUUACAACAAAUACAUCCUCGACAAGAAGAUGUACAAUUGGCCUUUCCCGAUCUCCCUCACCAUGAUCCACAUGUCCUUCUGCUCAACCCUAGCUUUCCUCUUAAUCAAGGUCUUCAAAUUCGUCGAGCCCGUCUCAAUGUCGCGCGAGACUUACCUCAGAUCCGUCGUCCCGAUCGGAGCCCUCUACGCUCUCUCCCUCUGGCUCUCCAACUCCGCCUACAUUUACCUCUCCGUCUCCUUCAUCCAGAUGCUCAAGGCCCUCAUGCCGGUCGCCGUCUACUCAAUCGGCGUCCUCCUGAAGAAGGAAGGAUUCAAAUCGGACAUCAUGGCGAACAUGCUCUCAAUCUCCUUCGGCGUCGCGGUCGCCGCUUACGGCGAGGCUAAAUUCGACGUCUGGGGAGUGAUUCUCCAGCUCGGCGCGGUUGCUUUCGAGGCGACUCGUUUGGUGUUGAUUCAGAUCUUACUCACAUCGAAAGGAAUCACUCUAAACCCAAUCACGUCUCUCUACUACGUUGCUCCUUGCUGCUUAGCUUUCCUCUUCAUCCCAUGGAUCUACGUUGAGUUCCCAGUUCUCAGAGACACGUCGAGCUUCCACUUCGAUUACGCCAUUUUCGGAACCAAUUCCGUCUGCGCCUUCGCUUUGAACCUCGCCGUGUUCCUUCUCGUCGGAAAAACCUCUGCUUUGACCAUGAAUGUUGCUGGUGUGGUUAAGGACUGGCUCUUGAUCGCGUUCUCGUGGUCUGUGAUUAAGGAUACGGUGACUCCUAUAAACCUGUUCGGGUACGGGAUUGCGUUCUUGGGAGUUGCGUACUACAACCACGCGAAAUUGCAGGCAUUGAAGGCGAAUGAGGCGCAGAAGAAGGUCCAGCAAGCUGAUGAGGAGCGUGGUCGGUUGUUGGAAGAGAGGGAAGGAGAUGGUGAAGGUAAGAAGAAUGAGCCUGAGGACUAA